UGCCUGUCAGGGCUUCGCGUCACGAGACCUGAUGCACCACCUCAGAAACCAUUCGGGGCUUAUCCAAACCCCACACACACGACGCAACCGAUUACUUCGACUAUAAAGAAGAACAGGCCACGAACAGCUCUACAUACAAGAUACAAUCCGAGUGCGUUGCUCGUUAAUGCAUCCCGGGAAAUGUUGUACUUCCCACGACUUCCGGACGCGCGACGGUCCCACAUCAUGACGACGUUCUGAGCGCGCGUGAAGAGUCGCCUCGGCGCUCGUGGCUGUCGCGAGCUUCCAUAGCCAGCACUAACUCUGCGUGCACGCGCGCAACUUAGCACCCCAACGCCUCGUCCCAAACUUCCUGUCUUACUGGAACUAUCUGGCUCUUUAAAGGCGGAAGUUGGUACUUCGUGUAGGCUGUGUCGCUACUUCUGGCGGCUUGCGGAAACGCUGGAGCUGUUCACACCGCGCUCUGAGAGGAUAUUUCGCUACCUGUGCCAACUUGGACGUUCCGAGACUCAGUCGUGUAUAUGAGCGAGAUGUUCGGCUCCCGGGAAAGUGAGCGACCCUGAAGCCUGUAUCCCCCCUGUCUCUCUUUGUCUCUCUGUCUGUCUCUCUCUCUGUCUCUCUCGCUAUUAGCGGAUAAAUGUGCGAGCGACGUGCGUUUGGCUCGAAGCAGCGGCUGCGCGGGAAAUGAACGCGGCCGGCAAACACCGAGCCGAUCCGCUCGAGCGCCCCGGCAGCCUCUGGCUCCCCACAUGGACAAAAACUGGACUCGCCCUUUUGUAUGAUGAAAAGACCAGUAAUACCUAUGACAUCCGUUUAAAGUUAACUAAAGAGAUAUUGACCAUACAGAAACAGGAUGUGGUCUGCAUAGGUGGUGGUGCACAUCACUUAAAUCACAGAACUGUUGUACUCCGGAGACAGGCAACUGGAGGUCUUGGCCUGAGUAUCAAAGGAGGAGCUGAGCAUAAAGUGCCUGUGGUCAUUUCGAAGAUUUUCAAAGAUCAAGUAGCUGAUCAGACAGGGAUGCUGUUUAUCGGCGAUGCUGUGUUACAGAUCAAUGGCAUCAAUGUGGAGAAGUGCACACAUGAAGAAGUUGUUCAUCUCUUGCGAACUGCUGGAGAUGAAGUUACAAUCACUGUGAGGUACCUCAGGGAGGCACCAGCCUUUUUAAAGCUCCCAUUAGGCUCUCCAGGACCAUCCAGUGAUCAGAGUAGCAGAGCAUCCUCGCCACUUUUUGACAGUGGUUUACAUUUAAAUGGAAAUUUAAGCAACACAGCGCCGUCUUCACCCUCCUCACCCUCGGCUAAUGAACCAAAGUACGAGAAGCGCUGGCUGGACGCCGUCUCCCUCCCCCUGUCCAUGGCUCGAGUCUCUAAACACAAAGCUGGAAGCGAUAAAUUAAGGUCAAACAGUUUUGAAGUAUUUGCCUUAGAUGGAGCAUGCACCAACGUUCUACAGUUUUGCACAGCAGCAGAAAGUACAGAUUGGCUUCAAGCAAUAUCAACCAAUAUUAAUGAUCUGACCCAGGAGUGUAUAAAAACUGCAAACAAAUACUAUUCUCCUGAUGAGCAGAUCAUCCAUAUGGGUUGGGUGUGUGAGCACCUCCACAGGAGUGAUGCCAACCAGGUUCAAAGCUACAAGUUCCUGGCAUUGAAAGGCUCCUCUCUCUACAUUCUCAGGGGCCCUCCUGCUGGUGCAUCAGAAUGGGCUCAAGCUGAGGCCACUUUUAACCUCUGUGAGGUUCUCUUUAAGGUUCAUAAGCUGUGGAUAGCUGAGGACUGCUGGAUUCAACCGAAGCUGUGCGUGGGCCUGCAGCAGGACUGUGAGCUGCGGGACAGCGAGGGGUUCAGCUUUAGUGUGUUGGUGGGUCAUGGGCAGAGCUACUGCUUCAGUGUGGAGCUGGGUACAGAGCUGGCACUCUGGGAAAAAGCCUUCCAGAGAGCCGUCUUCAUGGAGGUGCAGAGAACAGGGUCAAAAACCUACAUGUGCAGUAGCCAAGGAAAAAUACUGUGCUUUACAGUCGACUUUGAAUCCGGCUUCUCCUGCUCUGAGAGCAUUUCAAAGAAAGUCAUUUGGAGAUAUAAAUUUUCCCAACUGAAGGGUUCCUCAGAUGAUGGAAAGACAAGAGUAAAACUUUUAUUUAAAAAUUCAGAAAACCAACAGAUAGAAAUGAGGGAGCUGGAGUUUGCUAACCUGACAGCUGUUCUUCACUGUAUCCACUCCUUCAUCGCUGCCAAAGUGGCCUCAGUGGAUCCACUCUUUGUCAACAAUCAAAGCAUCACACGAAAGUACAUGUACAACAGCUAGAAACACAAGUGUUGUAGGCAACAUGUACCAUCUCGUCUGUGGUUUCAUCUACUAUUUUAUGCACAAUAUCUAUGAAUAUAUCUAGUUCUUGUUAUUUUUGUAUGACUCUUCUAAACUAAAAUGUUAAAGAAAAAGAACUUUUGGAUUAGAUGAUAUUUUGACAUGCACUGAUUAAUGGUUUGGUACUUGAUUAUCCUGUCUUCACUGGUCUGCUUAAAAUGAAUUCAUGUUGAUCAUGUAGCAAAGCAAAUGUUCACAUGUAGUACAUGGCAUUAUGGGUUUGUAAAUGCAUGCAUUGCAUUUAACACUUUACAGACCAUUACGGGUGAACCUUGGAAGAAGUUAAUUCUGUAAUAUGAACUUCUGUCCUUGUGUCUUUAUCUGAAGUUAUUGACCGAUGAUUAUGAUUAUCCCUAAAUCAGUGUACAGGUUCAACUGUAAAAAUAUUUUUUUCAUGAUUGCAAUCUCCAUUAUUAUACUUCGAUCUUGUUUUAUCAAUCUGCUGCACAAUAACUGCAACAAAGCCUCAACUUUUAGCAACUUUUAGCAUGAACUGAAAGUCACAUAAUUUUGUAUUGAAGUGUCCAUGAUUUUCACAUUUUCAAUCUAAAAUUCCUUAACAAUAACACAUUUCACAGAUUUGUAGUAUAGCCGUUUGAUUAAAUAGUAAUUAGAUCAUGUAAGGUCGCCAACUACCUUCAUACAAAAGUUUCUUUCUCUUUCUAAUCUGUGAUCAAAUUGAAGGCCCAUAAUUUGCCACAUUGUUCUGUAUGGUGUUAUUCAGUACCUUUCCAAAUAAAGGAGCAGUUAAUUAACUGUUGACAAAAA